AUGAAGGGUAAAGACAAACAGAAGCAAGCAUCUGAUCUGGAAAAUUGUCUUUCAACCCUGAAGAUCGUCGACUGCAGCUCAUAUGAAUUUUACUGCUUUAAGAGUAAAUCUUGGCAUGAAUUUGUAAAGGCACAACAGACUGAGCAUAAAGAUGUCGACAGCCAGUUAGAAGUGAAAAAAGAAGCAGCAGUGUGGGAACUUUUCACAAGUGAAUGCACUUACUUUCUGGAUCAUUUGUUGGUUCUCAAGACGAUAUUUGUGAACACACUAAAAUACCUCCAGAGUAAUGAAUUUCUCUUGGAUGUGGAUUUGUGGAGACUUUUCGCAAACUUAGAGGAGUUAAACAAGAUAAGUCUCAGUUUUCUGAAAACAUUUUUUGAAACUGUGAAGGAGCAUGUCAGCAAGUCAGGCUCUCCUAUGGAUUUCAGCUCCAUGCUCAGAAAGUUUUUCCAGGGUGACCUCUGCCAGACACACCAGAUUUAUUGCCUCAAUUAUACCUCUGCUGUCUUCUACUUGGAAAACCUGAGACAGAGAGAAGAUUUUGGCAUCUACCUGAAAUGGUGUGAACAAAACAAACAGUGCAAGAGGCUGCAUCUGCCUGAGCUGCUGGUCGCUCCUUUGCAUCGACUGACACGCUACCCACUCCUCCUUAACAACAUCUGGAAGAGGAGCACUGACCAAACAGAGAAAGGCUUUAUCUGGUCACUUAAAGAGAAGGUGGAAAAGUCCAUAUGGGAUCUGGAAGGUAAAGUCAAGUGGUUGGACAACUUUCAGAAGUUCAGGCAGCUGCAGGAGGUCAUAAUUUGGCCUCAGGUCUGGGAUCGUGACAAAAGAUUCUUUGUCCCAGAGUGCUUGAAGCAAAGCCUAAAAGAAAACAGCAGUGAAAACGUUUUGUCUUCAGCAAACAGACUUCUCCUUCAUGAAGGGAGGCUAACACUAGCAGAAAGCACAAGACUCCUUGAUGUCUACCUCUUCCUAUUUGAUGAUUUCCUAUUAAUUACCAAAAUUAAACGUAACAGAAAGAAAUAUGGGGUCUCAGACACCAGCUUAAUCCCUGUCUGUCCUUCCCUCACUCCUGAGCUGCAGGCCUUCAUAAGAGAGGGUGGCUUUUGCACUGUCCUAGACCAGCCCAUCCCACUGGACAGACUGAUACUGAAAAACAUUGACCCCAUCCACAUCUCAGUCUUCAGCCUGAGAAAUGCUUUCCUAAUACAGCACGAGAAUAGGUAUCGUCAGUCCAUAGCCGUGUUCUUGCUACAAGCCCAGACAGAGGCUGCCAAGAAAACAUGGAUGUCACAGAUAGAAACAGCAAUCUCCAAUUACACCACACAACAAGAAACCAAGAAAAGCACUGCUUUCUGCUUCCCAGCUGAAUCCUCUGAAAUUUAA